AUGUCUGGUCAGGAGCCACCGAAGAUACCUCAACUAGUAGGAGUGUUUCAAAACGUAAAGAUCAAAAGUGCACAAAAUGAUUCAGAUAAUCAAGAGUUUCUACCAUCUGAAUUGAAGGAUUUAUACAAAAAACUAAAUCCAAGAAUGAAGAGAGAAUAUAAUGGGUUUUCAAAUGAAGGAAAAAUUUCUUUCUUAAAGGCGAUUAAGUCAGAACGUGAAAAAAGUAGACACGAACCAUUUCGUUAUGAACUGGAAAAAUAUUCAAGAUCAUAUUCCUCUACUUCUGCAACUUCAAAUCAAUGGACUCAUAUAUCACGACCAAAUGUUUUCGUUUUUCUUGAAAAUAUGUUUCCUGCAGGUGUCAUUGUUGCGGGAGUUGGAGAACCUAUGUUAAAAGUUAUCGCUGAUCAAAAUACAUUAUUAGAAUGUUUGAAUGUUUCUUACCGACACGCGAAUAUUUUAAAAGCAAAAGCUUUAUUGAGAAGCCCUACUAUUGGAAUAAGAUACAAUUAUUCAAUAAUAGAUAGAAGUGGAGUGACUACCACUCAGGAAACUCGCAAAUUUCAGUUAAGAUUUAAAACUAAUGAAGAUUUCGAAUCUUGCGCCGGAAUUAUUGGGAGAUAUAUUAGUUGUAAACCUAUCCUCGGGAACGAUUCGAAUGUGCCAUCAUCUGCUAAUAAUAAUGAAUUAGGAAUAUCAAAUCAAACCCAAAUAUUAAGUAAAGUUCAAACACCAUUCAAUAAUGUCGGCAUAAUGCACCAACAAAUGGCAAGGUCACAAAGAGAACAAUCAGUGACACUGACUACGCGUCAAGAAUCGAGUCACAAAGAUUAUAAUAUUCCUGAUUCAUCUUCACGAUCUUCCACUUCAUCAAAUGAUAUGAAUUCCUCUCAAAAGGUGGUUAAUAUUGUGAACACCGUUAAGACACAUGACCAUUCUUUUUCAUUACCUAGUGAUGAUGAAGAGCUUCAAGCAUGGAUUAUGAAUAUUUUAAAAGAUCCAGAGUAUCAAGAGUGGAAAAAUUAUGGAAAACGCGAUUAA